AUGCGACGUUUAGUUCGUGGGAGCGUUUUUGUUUUCUCAUGCGGGAGAUUUCCGGGUCGUUUAUUUGGCGGUGCCGUUGCCACACCCGAAGCAGCUCGGGACGCAAUUUCCACGUAUGAACGGCGCCAACGCGAGGAGGAGCUUGCAGUGGACACCAGGUCUGUUGUGUUUGCAUGCGCCGCAAGCGCUGAUCACCGGGCUCGAAUAGCGGCGGCUGAGGCGUUUGAUGUGGCUGCAGCAGCGCUCCCAGGUGCUCCCAACUUUUGUUUCAUGAGUCUCUCACUGGACUACGCUGCGAUGAUUGACGCCCCUGAGGUGGUGUGGUUCAACCUAUGCAAGGCCAACGAUGUGACGACCUCCUCUGUGCGGCCGCAGCAGCUGCACAUGGUGGGAGGAGCCACACGGCACCAGCGACCUGGGGGAGGGUACAUUCAGGUGCUGCUUGGCUGCAUUCCAGACCUUGAAACGGACGUCUUCACAUUUGAUGCGGUCCCCGAGGAGGAGGAUCUCCGGGACGCCGCCCGACCGCCACCGGCCUUGUGUUUUGCUAUGCUAGACAAUAAACUCACGCUACAAUACGAACGCGUGUUGUCCGAACGCCUUCAACUUCUUGGGGGCCGUCUUGAGGGCUUGCCAAUUGUUGGGGGUAUUUUCCCACCAUGUCAGAAAACUAACAACAACGACGAUGCUAAGAAGCGAACUGACGGUGCUGACGAAAGGAGCGAGAGUGAGAACACUGGUGCUUCCAUGGUGAAGGAAAUGGGAGACUCCAUCUUUUUUUGUAACGAUCGUGUAUACACGGGAAGUGCCGCAUGCAUGAUUCUUCGCAGCGUGAUGGUGAAAGGGCAUCAAGUGGACGUUGUCCCUUCCAUCGGUAUGGAAAGGGUGAAGGUCACGUCUGUUAGCUGCUCAAAGGGUGUGUUUAGUAUUGCAACGCUAAACGACAAACGAGCGACAGACGUCAUUAGAGAUGUGUACUGUUCUCAUGAGCUGGUGGGAAAACCAUCGAAGGUAUUUCUUGGCGUUCAGCAUAACGGUGUUUGCCUUCCACUUUCCUUUUUUGGAUACCCGGAGAGCGGGACGCUGCAGUUCACUGCCCCAAAUGGCGUGGAGAUCCACACUGGAGACACCAUUGAGCUUUUGGUGGAUGACGUUGAACUGGACUCCGAGGCUGCCGCUGCGCUCCUUAUCAACCUACAGAAGAAACUAUCGAUAGUUCACGUCACGAAAGACAUCACUGUUGCUCGGGAGGCGCGUAAAAACAUUGUGGCAUCUUCUUUGGCUGGGUUUCACUUUUCACACGGUGGUAUGAACGUUGUGGCGCGUCCGGAAGCCAACGUGACUCUUGGAAACGCCUCGACAUUGUAUGCACCUUCGGUGCUGCAGCGCUGUCUAGGGAAGUGCUGCCCCACGUCAGGCUUUUUUUCUCCCGGUCAGGUCUUUACGUUGGGCAACUGCACCGGGGUCUACGCCAGAUCGAGUAGCUACACCUUCCUUGAAGGGCUUCGAUGA